AUUUUUCUAAGCUGGGUCAGCUCAUUUCACCAGGCCCAAAAAUACACGAACCGAUGUUUGACCAAAAACAAGCGCCAGAUCAUCACAUGUCCAGUCUACGUUGAAGAUCAUCAUCGAAGAACUUACGGGGAUAGAGAUCGUCGCGAAGAUCAUCGAAGCAAACAAUGGUAAGUGCGUAUGGAGGUGCAUCUAGGAAGGAAAAACACAGAGGACGUCAUCAUGGUUUAACUCAACAGAAGAGGCAAGAGAUAAAGGAAGCAUUUGAGCUCUUUGACACUGAUGGCUCAGGCACAAUUGAUGCCAAGGAGCUGAAUGUUGCAAUGAGGGCACUGGGCUUUGAAAUGACGGAGGAGCAAAUCAAUCAAAUGAUUGCAGAUGUGGACAAGGAUGGUAGUGGUGCAAUUGAUUUUGAUGAGUUUGUGCAUAUGAUGACAGCCAAGAUUGGAGAAAGGGACACUAAAGAAGAGCUUAUGAAAGCAUUCCACAUUAUCGACCAAGAUAAAAAUGGAACAAUAUCUGCCACAGACAUUCAACGAAUUGCAAAGGAACUGGGCGAGAGCUUUACUGACAAGGAGAUUCAAGAGAUGAUAGAGGAAGCAGAUCGUGAUCUGUAUAUUUUGCAAUGUUCAGGUGAUGGAGAAGUAAGUGCGGACGACUUUAUGAGGAUGAUGAGGAGAACUUCCUAUGGACAUUAAAAUAUAAUUGGACAUUUCUGUACGACGUUUACAUUUAUUUUUCAACCUAUGAAGACAAAUUGCUCUUGGUUCUAUUUAUUUUUUUUUAGCAUGGUUCACACAUAGGAACAAAACAAGAUUGGUGAUUUGGAUAAAUUAUGAAGCUGUAGAAUUCAGAUUAUAUUUAUAGCUCCUGUUUGUGAAAUUGUUAUGCAGUAGAAUUCCUGGUCUAUUACAUGAACCUAGAUUUGUAAGGUUGUGUUUGGAUCAUGGAUUUGGUUAAA